CAGAAGAAGUAGUAGUAUAAGAAGAAGAAACAGACAGAAGGCCUUUAGAUGAGUUUCUCUCUUUUUAGUAAAGAAGAGCAAUCAUUUACCUCCUUUUUUUAAGAGUUUGGGUGAAAACUGAGCGCGAACUGCUUAGUAAAUGUUAAACGAACAUUGAAAGAUAAGCUAAGAGCAAACAUGUGGACGCAGCGGCUCCAACUGUGGCAUGGUGCAGCAAUAGAAGAGAUUCCCGAAACAGUUAAAGAGGAGGACAAAGAAUGUAAGACGGAACACAACAUCGUUGAAGCUGAUGUUAAGCAGGUGGUGAUUGUUAAAGAAGAGGAAACUGUGGACUACAGACCAUAUGCUCACCUGAAUGACCCAAAGCCUGAACACAUAAAGGAGGAACAGGAAGAAAUCUACGUCAGUCUGGGGGGAGAGCAGCUCAAUGCAAAGGAGGAGAUGGAAGCCACCAGCUUUCCAGUGACUGCUUCUCUCAAUGACGGUGUGAAUGAUAACCAUUCCCCUCGGCUCUAUCCAGACCAGUUUAAAGUCAGAGGGACUCCAGAUGGUUCCAUUUACUUAAAGACUGAAGACACUAUAGAGGAUGAGGACAAUGAUAUAAAACCUUCAGUCUCUGAGCUGAAACACUUGUCAGACUUUGGGCUAAAAACUAAGGACAUGGACAAUGACUGGAAGUCAUUGACUUUGGCUGAAAAUAUGAACAAACCAUAUAGUUCCUCUAUGUUUGCUGAACAUUUUUUUCAUCCCUUUGUUCAGAACAACUCAAUCAAUUCAGAUAUAGAGUCUCCGAGCUUACCAAAUGAAGGCUCACAAAGGAAAGUCCAGCCAGGAUUAAAGUUUAGCUGUGAUGACUGUGGUAAAUUAUUGACAUCAAAACGAGGUUUAAACAGACAUAAGAAGCUCCACACUGGACAAAAACCCUACACCUGUGAUGUAUGUGGGAAAAUAUUUAGCGCAAAGCCAAAUUUUAAUACACAUAUGAAAAUCCACACAGGACAUAAACCCUAUUGCUGUGAUCUAUGUGGACAAAGUUUUAGUGUCAAGGGAUAUUUAACCAAACACAUAAAAAUCCAUUUACAAGAAAAACCUUUUUCUUGUGAGCUAUGUGGAAAAAGGUUCAUUGAAAAAUCAGCUUUGAAAAUACACAUGAUAAGCCAUUCUGGACAGAAACCUUUCUGUUGUGAUCUGUGUGGACAAAGGUUUGGCUUAAAAGCCAGUUUAACAAGACACACAAAAAUCCACACAGGACAGAAACCAUUCUCUUGCAAUUUAUGUGGACAAAGUUUUAGUCGAAAAACACUUUUGAACUCGCACUCAAGAAUCCACACAGGACAGAAGCCUUUCUCUUGUGAUCUCUGUGGACAAAGAUUUAAUGAAAAAUCAAACUUAACCAAACAUAUGAUGACCCACACGGGACAGAAACCUUUCUGCUGUCUUCACUGUGGAAAAAAAUUUAGUCAAAAAAUACAUUUAGAGACGCACAGUAGAGUCCACACUGGACAGCGACCUUUCCCAUGUGAUAUAUGUGGAAAAAGAUUUACUGAAAGGGGAAAUCUAAGUACACACAUGAGGAUCCACACAGGACAUAAACCUUUCUGCUGUGAUCUUUGUGGGACAAGAUUUACUGUAAGCUCAAGUUUGAAGCAACACAUGAAAACCCACAGAGGAAGAAAAAAAAAAGCUAUGAAUACACAAUAAAGCCACUUUAAGUUAAGACCGUUUCUCCUUGUGCACGCUCUGUUUAAAAAUAGCUGCUUGCAUCGUUCACACAAGCUUACUUUCCAAAAGAAGAUUUGCAAAUUUUCCACUAUGUCAGGCUCACCACCGGCAAGUGAAACAGGACGAGCACAUAGGAUGGUCUUACAUAAAAAUAUCUCCAGAAUGAUAGACAAUUAGGAGGACCAAUUAUUUUGAUGAUCCACCUGGAAAAAGAACAUCCUCCACUAUACCUUUAAAUCAUAAAGUAUUGACACCCUGAAGUUUCAGAGGUUAUUAAGUCUUACUGAGAGCCAUAUGUUGAUUCUCUCUAUUAUCUUUUAUGUGUACUAAUCUCUUACAGAACAAUGAUUUUGUUCUGACUUUACUGUAUUAACUCAAUGAAAUUACCAAAAGAAAUAAAGUGAUCAGAGUUGUAUAUAGAAAUGCAUGUUUAUUACAUAUUACAAAAAAUAAAGUGUUGCUGAUCCUGACUGUGUUAAUUGACUAUGUGAAGAAAAGAUGAAGAUAAUCUCUUUGUAACAAUUAUAAUGCCCAACCCCCCCUAGAUAUGAGGGAGAUGCCACUGAGUAUCUGACCUGUUAGAAAGGGACAAUAUUUUUCAAACUUUAAGAGUUAAGCGCAGUCUGCUUCCUUUGCAUUCUAACGGUGCAGUUAGAAGCACGUGGUGGACGCAGUGAUUUACAUUAGCUCCGCAGGUAGUUCACAGCUCUGCAUUUAAGAUAUACUCUGUAUACAACCUGGACCACAUCAUC